UACUGGGAAAACGGAGUAGGCGCUGGAGAUAUGGAAGCAGAUAAGGGAGAAUCAUUCAUAUGCUAUAAAUGUGGCUAUACAGCCCAUACCAAACGUACUCUAAUCAAACACAUCAAAUCGGGCAAUUGCAAUUUGAAAACAGAUAUUAAAAAAGCUUCAAUCACAGCAAAUUUUUACGUUUGUACACAAUGUAGUGAAGAAUUCGAUAAAAAAAGCAAUUUGAACAGUCAUAUAGUUAAAAAACAUCCAGAGAUCAUUUCGUCACUUUCUUGCAAAGUAUACGAAUGUAAAACUUGUGAUUAUAAAACCUUGUCGAAGUGUAAUUUUAGCAGACAUAUAUUGAUACAUCAAGAUGCUUCUAAUUACAAACUCAGUUGUCCACAUUGCAACGCGACUUUUAAACAAAGAAUAGCAUUGGAGGAUCAUAUCGUAAAAAAACACCCAGAGUUUGUUAAAUCUAUUAAACGAAGUAUAUACGAAUGCCCAAAUUGUCCAUAUAAAACUGUUAUAAAACAUAGAAUUGAUGAACAUGUAAUGAUACAUUCUGACGCAGUCCCGAUGCAUAAAUGUAUACAUUGUAAAGCGGCCUUUAGGAGGAGGAGGACGUUAGAAGAUCACAUUGUGAUAAAACAUCCAGAAGUCAAAUCGUCAGUGACAAGAAAGAUAUAUCAAUGUCCAUAUUGUUCAUAUAGAACUCUUGAUACCAACAAGUUCCAGACACAUUUGUUGAAACAUCCUGGUGCUGUUUCUAGUAUAAAAUGCGAAUAUUGCAAUGCGGUAUUUCAGAAGAAUACAAGUUUAGGUGAUCAUACAAUACAAAAACACCCUGAGCAUAUAACCGCAGUUACUUGUAAGAUACAUCAUUGUCCAGACCCGACUUUGUGGGACUGCGAAAAUACUGGGAAAAAGGACUAG